CUCGAGCGUUUCUGCACCUAGGGAGUCCCGAAUUUAGUAUAAGGCACACUGCCGAAUUAACUAUCGUGUGUUUCAUCCUAUCCAAAACCCUCAAUUGUUCGUUCGGCAUCCCAUGGAUCGCGAUGAAAGGCAGAUACCGCAAUCUCUACCUGCCAUAUACAGAUUACCGCUUUGACCAGCGGUAGUAGAACAGCGAAAUAUAAUAUUAUCCUCAACGAAGUAGCCCGACCAUUGCACAGCCUACAUACUCAGACACGGAAUAAAUCUGGUUGGGACACCACAAGUAAUAGUACUGCAGAUUGAAGCUCUUCGAAGUAUCAAAUCCAACUAUCUCAAAUUUCUUACCAAUGCGCAAAACGUUCUUUUCACUAGCUUUGUCACUUUGCGAUCUAAUACAAUAAUUAUCGAGAUAGACACCCAAGUCGACAUUAUUAAUAAAAAGAUCAACAGUCUGACACGAAACUCGAUUUACCCUUGUUUGACGCAUCCUUCAGCCACAGGGCAGCUUUUAGCGAUGAAAUACAGCCACACGACGGAAGCACGCGGGUCUACGAGGACAGGCGUCAAUUGAUUGGAGAUAUUGGUUUGCACCUUGGCCCGAACUGAUGUUACACUAAUAUGCUUGUUCGACUUCAUCAUCAGUCUGCAAUGAUAAGGUCGAAAAGUAUUUCAGUGCAACAUCAGACCGUCUAUUCAACGCCAACCUUCGAAGCUACAUGUUCUUGAUAAGGGAAACACCUUAUUAGGAAGCCGGAUUACCCUAUAUCUGGUAUUGCUUGAGUUGUCGCUACACGUCAGCUUGAUCCAUCGGUGAGCUAUCAAUCUAAAGAGACUAACUAAUAUAUGCGAAAUACACUUUCAAAAUUAGAUUCGAGUGUCACACUCUGCAUUGCAGUCAGUUGACCGUUCGAUAUCGACUUCUAUCUACCACACCAUUCCGAGCUAGCAAAAUCAGCAGUGAUGAUCUUGAUAUAGAAAAGGGCGUUGCUGGCGUAAGUCCAAGAAACACUGCUAGCAUGAUUAUAGAUCAUACGCAGAGCUAAUCGUUACUUGGUAUCACUAUAGACAGAUUGUUAACCUCUUACGGAUUCGCAAGCUGCACAUCAUCUGAUCAGACGACAGUAAAGGGAGAAUGAAUACAUCCCAGCAGCGUCCAAAAAACAAUGGCAAGCAAACUUAUAUUUUGCUACAUUGUAGUUAGACAGCAUCUAUCUAGUUGUCAUUUCCCACGCCCUCAAUCUUGUGACUGAGAAAGUAUCGAUCACCCGAUAGCAUACACAAGAGCUGCUGUGGACAUGCAUUCGCCAUCUCUCCCGCCUUCGUAGAAGUGUUCACACAUUUUGGCUUUCUCUCAACACUUUUGAAAUUUUUCUCCAGCCAGUCAAGAGACCCGUGUAUCGUUUUUCGUUCCUCGUACAACACCUCCCCACACCGUUUAUGCACUUUCAGCUGAGAGCUCAGAAUAUUUUUGGUAUAGCUAAUGGAAAGGCUACAAGCGUACGCGUCAGCACUAGUGACGCUUAUGGUUGCUUAGAUAUGUAAUAGGCAAAAUGGCAGUAGGAACGGCGACACAGUAAGCAUCUCGUGCGACCAUUCGAAAGGUAGUGCUUGGCGGAUCCAAAUUGAGUUAAAAAAGCACGAGAAGCACCAGUCCAACAAUCCACGAACUAUUUAUUUCAGUUCAAUUCUUUUCGAGUGGGAAUACGGGUCUCAGCUUUUUUGAGAUGGAUUUCGUAUCCUCCAACCUCACAUCGGCCUUUGUGCUAGGCACACUACUCCACCUCAACGUCUUCAAGAACAUCGAGCUCGAGUCCUACAUACCGAAAUUCUUCUUUGCAGGAAUCAUAUCCGUCACUGGAUUGGUAUACUUUUACGUCGCUCAGACUGGUCUCACCGUCCUUGCUUCAGCCACCAGAGUCGCAAGCGAGACAUCAUGUCUCAUCUUCGGCAUCUUCACCAGCAUGACUAUCUAUCGUCUCUUCUUCCAUCGGAUCCGCAGAUUUCCAGGUCCGUUGGCGGCGCGCGUUACCCGCUUCUACUCAUUGUAUCUCGCUUCAAAAAAUGUGCAGUAUCAUGUUGAGCUAGAGAAAUUGCAUAAGCAGUAUGGCGACUUCGUACGCACGGGACCCAGAGAGAUUAUGAUUCUUCGCAAAUCAGCGGUCUCAAUUAUUCUCGGCGUGCAGCCUGCGCUACUGAAGACUACGUGGUAUAGUAGUAUAUCUCAUAAGGCCGACCAAGUGCAGUUGUUUGCUUCGAGGGAUCCGUUGGAUCAUAAGCGGAGGAGGAAAGCGUGGGAUCAGGCUUUCAGUGUGAAAGCACUGUCAACAUACCAACCGCGCAUCAAAUCGAAAGUCGACCUCCUGAUGGACAACUUACUCCAGACUGCCGGAACACCCAGAGACGUCACAUCCUGGAUGAUGAUGCUUGCGUUCGACGUGAUGGGUGAAAUCGGCUUCGGGAAUGAUUUUGGCGGACUCGCUACAGGAAAAGAACACGAAGCCGCCCAAGCGAUCCACAAGCACAUGUCGAUAAUAGGCACCGUAGGUACCGUGCCCUGGCUGCUAUACUUGCUCCAAUUUAUCCCCGGUGCGGGGUCGGGUUGGGCCCCGUUCAUUAAUUGGUGCGGUAAUAUGAUCAGUCAGAAGAAGGCGGCGUGGGAUCCAGAGAAGUAUCCGCAGGAUAUUUCCAGCUGGCUGGUUAAGGCCGUUAUGGAGAAAGAUAUCAGUGCGUCGCCGACGGAGGAGUCUUUGCGGGAUGACGGAAGGCUCAUUAUUGUUGCUGGAAGCGACACCAGUGCCUCCGCAAACGCAUGCACGCUCUUCUAUCUCGCAAAAAACCCGCACACCCUACAGAAACUCCAAAGCCAGCUCGACGCCGCGAUGCCAGAGGGCCUGAGCUCCUGGUCUUACGAUAAAGCUCUAACAGUCAGCUAUCUCGACGACAUCAUCAAAGAGUCGCUGCGACUCAAGCCCCCAGUAAUCACUGGCGGAUACCGCCUUACGCCACCGGAGGGCUUACAGGUUGAUGAGGCCUGGAUUCCCGGCGGCGUAAAUGUGUUUGUACCCUAUCAGAUCUUGCACACGGAUGUGCGGUAUUUCGCUGCGCCGCACGAUUUUGUGCCGGAGAGGUGGAGUGAGCGGAAGAAGGAGAUGGGUACGGAUGAGAGCCUUGCAAUUCCUUUCUCGGCUGGAAUUUACAAAUGUCCGGGGGAUAGAGUAGCGAUGAUGAGUAUGCGCACCACAAUCUCGUGUAUUGCGCAGACUUUUGAUAUCAGCUUUGCAUCUGGCGAGACAGGGGACGCGUUCGAUACGGAUCGGAAAGAUGCUUUCACGACUGUCUUGAAACCGCUGAACUUGGUGUUUACGAAGAGGGAAAAAUGGGCAAACUUGUAAUCCUGUUCUAGCUAUCAACAUGAAGUCAAGAGCGAGACGAUGCGAAAGCACCGAGAUCAUGUUCCUCAACUAUCAGCAAUUACGCGGAUCAGCUGACAAAUGUGAAAUAACGAUCAUAAAAGUUGUCGAGUAAGUUGCCUAUCGCGAGUUUUAAAUUGUCACUCCGACGCUCCUAGAUCUCUUCAACUGUAAAGCCUGGUGGUCUUACAUAAUGCCUUUCCCGGACAUUGUUGUUGAGCGGGUACAUUUCUUGUGACAUCGUUCUUUAUAUGGAAAAUACUAAAGUUGUUCUUUGGAAUUAUUAAUCCAAAAUCGUUCUCCUGAUCCUUCUCCUCAUAUAAGGUCCAAUUCUUCAUCGCGUACUGUUCCGCGUGAUCUUCUGGGACAUCUCUUACAAUUUUAUGCUACCAACUCUUGAGGACGAUAUGGGUACCCCAUGAUCGCAUUCAAGGACAAUGCUGAAGUCUGUGACCGUAGUCCGCGAGAAUGUGUUUCGUAGCCACGAUAGAUAAUA